CGGAUGGGCACUUGCUGUGGCUGCGCCAAGCGGUUCCAUGCGUUCCGGUGGAGCCACGCGUGCAGGUUCUGCUUCCAGCAAGUGUGCUCCAAGUGCUCGACGAUAACGUCAACCGUACAGCGCGGCGCCAAGGCGAAAACAGCCAAGCGCAUGUGCCUUGCAUGCGUCACGGCUGCCACGACGAUCUGCCACCAAGGCGCCACCCCCCGCUCGGUCAUGUUUGACAAAAUGACCCACGACGAUGCCGCAGCAUCGGCGGUGUCGCCAGCUAUGCUCACAUGUCCGAGAACUUCUCCUCCAUCCCACCUCGACUUGACGGCGCUCGCCCCACGCUUUCAGCACGACGCAACAUACUUCCUCCUCCUUGAACAGGCCAUGUCAGCCAUGGACGCCACGAUGGGACUCAUCCAACUCAUCGGAAGCCGCGGCGUCGUUGUUGUGACCUCGUACAACUUCGAAGAUGUCCCUCCCAACUUCACCCGUGUCGAUGCUGGUCUCGUUACGCUCCAGUCGACGCCGUCGGUCGUCCGAGAACGGUAUCACGAUGGCUUGCCCUUCGUCCGAAUCCCGCUCCUCCUAGCGUCAGCUUGCAUUGGUACGAUGGAAGUCGAGUGCCCAACGGGCCAGCUCCCGUGCACAGACACGCUCAAGGAGCUGGAAGACAUCGCGUCCACGACCUCCAUGGUGAUGCAAAACACUGCGAUCGAGUUGUCGACGCAGCAGGCAAAGCGGUUGCCGUCUGGAUUUCGAAUGCACCGUCGGGGCAACUCCAUUUCGACGACCAGCAGCACCAGCAGCAUGUACUCGACGCGUAGUUACAAUACAAUCGGCAACCUCGACACAACGUCGACUUCCCAGUCGAAGGCAUGCGACGUCGCCGAGGAAAUGAUGGAGGCGCUGCUCGCCAUGUCGAAGCACACGGCCAAGCUGAUUCAAGACACCAAGGAUCGCCGCAAACUCCACUGACUAGUCUGAGGCAGCCACACACCCACUCAUCCUAUUUAUUCACCUAUACGAAGUGUCAUGUGUGUCAUGUCGC